GUUGGUAUGGUGUUCUGCUAUUUGGCAGCAAGGCCUGGCUACGGCCGAUCCGCCGUCGCACAGGCAUGGGGAGGUCGUGGGAAUGAGACAGAUCAGGAUCUGCUGAAAUUGACAGACUCCGACCCUUCGCUCCAUGCGGUGUUGAGACGCUAUAUGUCGGAUGUGCGGCAAAGCCAGAAGUCCGGCUCCUCAGCGAACGAGCGCAUGGUUGAGUCUACAUCCUGCAACAGCCCAGCUGUCCCAUGGCAGCCAAACCCUGGCAAAGCCAUGGCUCUGGCAGCCCUGAGCCCACUCAUCGUGGCAGCUACAGCGUUGCUUCUGGAGCUACUUCCUGAGCGAUCUCUGGAGGUCCGGAUUGAUCUUCGAGCAGCCGCACUGGUGCUUGCCGUUGCCGCGGCAUGCUGGACAUCGCUUCAUCUCCUCAAAGACGAAAGGAGGCCUGAAGAGCCAAGCAAAGCAUCAGUUGCUGGCUUGCAAGAUACCUUGGCAGAAUGCCGUGCUGUAAAAGCCAUGCAGGAAGAGAUCCUGCUGGAGCUUGCCGAGCUCAAAACCCAGCACGCCCGACGCGAAGAGCUGCGAGCCAAUGAGCAGCGGUUAGAGGAGAAGCGAAGGUCCGUGGACGCACUUCACCAGGAGAUGCUGGCAACUUCUGGCGUGCUCGUACACCGCUUCCCUGUUUUGAGGAAUUUCCAGGCAACUCCAAGUUCUACUCUUUUCAUGUUAGUGCCGGGCUUGGGCGUUGAAAGAGCAGCCGCGGGAUGCCAUGUUCGCCUCUAUGAUCCGAAAGCUUCACGGAAGCGAGGUGCUUCUCUAAUGGCGUCGGGCGGUGGUACGAGGCUCAAGUACAGGAUCGUCAAGUGCACUUCCGAGGAGCCCGACUAUCCUGUUACUGAGCUGCUCUCCCAUUCGCAGCAGACGAAGGGAUGGCAAACAGCGCGCUUCUGCGAGUUUCCCCAGGAGUCUGCCUGUUUUAUCUCCGCCAUCGUUUGCUGCUUGGGUGCAAUGUCUGAGAAGGUGAAGAUCGGCAUUCUGAGCACAGCGUCCAUUGUUGGCAAAGUCCUUCCAGGCCUCAAGCAUGGCAUGGAGGUCGUCGGCGUCGCCUCCCGCGAUCGCCAAAAAGCUCAGGACUUCUGUACGACCCACGAUUGUGGGGUGGGCAUGCUGUAUGACGAAAUGCUUGAGCGUGACGAUGUGGACGUGCUCUACAUCCCGCUGCCAACAGGCUUGCGGAACGAGAAGAUAGCAAAGGCCAUCUCGCGGGGAAAGCACAUCUACUCCGAGAAGCCAAUGGGAGGAACGGCUUCAGAGCUCUCCGAGCUUCUAAAGCUUUGUGAGGAGAAGGGCCUUCAGUGGAUGGAUGGCACCAUGUGGUAUCAUUCACUCAGGACCAAGGAGAUCGAGAAGAAGCUGUCGGGUGGGGAGCUGGGUCAGGUGCUUCGGGUUUCGGCCUCCUUCACGUUCAUGGCACCGGAUGAGGCCUGGCUCCAGGGCGGCAACGGCAGGACAGACAAGUCCCGGGAGCCGAUGGGGUGCCUGGGAGAUCAAGGCUGGUAUCCGCUCUCUGCCAUUCUCUGGGCGUUUGGGUGGACGAUGCCUGAGAAGGUGAUGUGUACACAUGUCACCCUGAACAAGGUCGACACCAUCGUUCAGUGUGCAGGCACCUUGUGGUUCCCAGGCAACAGAUCUGCAGUCUUCGAUUGUGGGUGCACUUCGCCGCACCGCAGUCAGUAUGAGAUCGUCUGCGAGAAGGGCACCUUGAGGGUGGACGACCUUGUGGGUGGACAGCAAAGGACAGGCAACUUCGCCGCGUACGAGGUCCCUUUUGUCGGCAGUGCUGAGUACAUCCAAGGCGAUGUGAUGGGCAAGGACCAGGUCGUGCAGGUAGAAGCAUGCGAUCACGUGAACAUGCUGGUCGAUGAUCUGGCUAGCUGCAUCAAGACCAUCAAAGCCGGUGGCAAGCCUGAUCUAGACUGGCCACGUCGCUCCCUCUCUGUGCACAAGGUCAUGUCUGCAGUCUUCGAAUCAGCGCAGAACGGCGGGAUAGCCGUUGAGGUUGCCAAUUAA